CAGGAUGACAAGACUUACUGUUGCUGGGAACUAAGAUGCUGUGGAUUGUGGUGAAUGCUUCAAUGUCGUUAAUCAGACCAUUGUUAACUUGAAAUGCCACAGAUAUUGGUCCUCCGUAUUUACUUCCUAUUCUGGCUGUGUUGGCGCCGCCAUUAUACAAGAGCCACAUUUUACGAAGGCAUGAACUCCACACACAGAGAAGUAUUUAAAUAGGCGAAGAGGUCCAAUCGAUCUGCCCACCAUCUCUACAAUGCCAACAUCAGACGAGAAGAGAUGCCGCUAGAUAUUGUUACCGACAAGGACGGUGUCAAAAGGCUAUCCAAGGAGGCAUAUGACAACUCAAAAUACCCCGAGUGGUUGCCAGUUUGGAAUCCGAAUGUGAAAUACCCAGCACCACCUAAUAACGAUGGCUACAUUGAUCGUGCCUUCUUUGCUGAUCCGAAACUGCCAAAUCUAUUCCCUGAGGACAGUGACAUUGAUAAGAUUGACCUCAGUCCCAAGUUCGGUACCGAAAUUAGAAGCGGUAUUCAGUUAUCAUCCUUGUCAGAUGCAGCCAAAGAUGAGUUAGCGUUGCUCUUGGCCCAAAGAGGAUUUGUUGUUUUCAGAAACCAGGACUUGAAAGACAAAGGUCUAGAAUUCAACAGCAAUUUUGGAAGAUACUUUGGCCCAUUGAAUCCUACUUCGUUUAUUGGAACUCCGGAAACGGAGCCAAACUUCCACAUUGUCUAUCGUGAUCCGAAUGAAAAGGUUAACCCCAAACGGGUAGUUGGGAUCCAUGUCGAUGAUAACUGGGAGGUGUUCACGCCUGGAGUGACGAUCUUUGGAAUUUUGGACGGUCCUGAGACAGGUGGCGAUACGCUUUUUGUUGAUUCGCAGGAGAUUUAUGAGAGAUUUUCUCCAGGGUUCCAAAAGAUCUUGGAGACUCUCACUGGUGUAUUCUCCAACGUGGGUCCAUCGAAAAUCAACGGACAAGUGAAGGGAUUCCUAAGAACUCCACCUGAGGAGAAUUCUCAUCCUAUAGUAAGAAUCCACCCAGUUACUCAGAAGAAAAAUGUCUUCUUUAGCCAUUUCACCCAGAAGUUUGACAACCUUGAUGAAGAAGAAUCACAGUUAAUCUUCAAAUAUUUGAAGGACAAGAUAUAUGGUCAACCAGAUACACAUCUCAGAGCAAGGUGGGAACCUGGAACUGUUGUGCUGUGGGAUAACCGUAGAUGUCUUCAUUCUGCACUUGCUGAUUUCGAAGGAUCCUCUAGACACUGUUAUAGAGUCUCAACGUUUGCUGAGGCACCAGUCACGAAUUUUGAGGAUUUAAAUGAAGAGACGAGAAAGCUCUCUGAUGAGCUACAGAAGAAGCUCGGUAACUUAAGUGUAUAGGCAUACGACUAACAUUUAUUACGUCAUCCUAACAAGAAGUUCAAAUAAAAGAUCCGUGUGU